GUUCAGAGUAAAGUUCUCCGUGAUGUUGUUCUUUUCCAGAGGGCUGAGAAGAACGCACACGCUUUUCUAGACAAGGAGCUGAAGAAGCUCUGGAGGGUUCUCUUCCCAGAUUACCCACAAUGCUCAGAGAGUCAGAGGGAGGAGGAGGUGGAUGGUCAGAAGGAGGAGCAGAGGAGGCGCGCCAUAGAGGGAGUGGUGGACAUCACAAAGCUCUGCCUGAUGGAGAUGAACCAGGAGGAACUGGCCGACAAACUGUGGGCCGGAUCUGCUGUUGUCGAGUGCCAAUGUAAAAUCAAGUCUCAUUUGAAGAAGAAGUUCAGACGUGUGUUUGAGGGAAUCCCUAAAGCAGGACAGCCAACAGGUCUGAAUGACUUCUACACAGAGCUCUUCAUCACAGAGAGAGGCAGUGGAGAGGUCAACAAGGAACAUGAGAUCAGACUGAUUGAAACAUCUUCCAGGAAACCAGCCAAGGAGGAAACACCAAUCAGAUGUGAAAACAUCUUUAAACCCUUACCUGGACAAAAUCAACCGAUAAGAACAAUAAUGACAACUGGAGUGGCCGGCAUUGGUAAAACCAUCUUGACGAACAAGUUCACUCUGGACUGGGCUGAAGGCAAAGCCAACCAUGACAUACACUUCACAUUUCUCCUCACUUUCAGAGAGCUGAAUUUACUGAAAGAGAGAGAGUUUAGCUUGGUGGAACUGCUUCAUCACUUCUUCAUCGAGACCAAAGAAGCAGGAAUCUGCAGAUUCCACCGGUUCCAAGUUGUCUUCAUCUUGGAUGGUCUGGAUGAAUGUCGACUUCCUCUGAACUUUCAGAACAACCCGAUCUGGACUGAUGUCACAAAGUCCACCUCGGUGGACGUGCUGCUGACAAACCUCAUCAGGGGCGUUCUGCUUCCCUCUGCUCUCAUCUGGAUAACCACACGCCCUGCGGCAGCCAAUCAGAUCCCUGCUGAGUGUGUUGACAUGGUGACAGAGGUGAGAGGGUUCACCGACCCACAGAAGGAGGACUACUUCAGGAAAAGAUUUGAAGAGGAGACACUGGCCAACACAAUCAUCUCCCACCUUAAGAAAUCACGAAGCCUCCACAUCAUGUGUCACAUCCCAGUCUUCUGUUGGAUCACUGCUACAGUUCUGGAGGACUGCUUCAAAAAAUCCCAGAUGGGAGAAGAGAUGCCCAAGACCGUGACUCAGAUGUACAGCUACUUCUUGAGGGUUCAGUCCAUACAGGGGGACAGGAAGUACCAUGGGAGAGCUGAAACAGAUACAGACUGGAGUUCAGAGAGCAGGGAGAUGAUUGUUACUCUGGGAAAACUGGCUUUUAACCAGCUGGAGAACGGCAACCUGAUCUUCUACGAGGCAGACCUGGCAGAGUGUGGCAUCGAUAUUAGAGCAGCCUCAGUGCACUCAGGAGUGUUCACCCAGAUCUUUAAAGAGGAGUGUGGGCUGUACCAGGACAAGGUGUUCUGCUUUGUCCAUCUGAGCAUCCAGGAGUUUCUGGCUGCCCUUUAUUACAUUCUGUCUUUCCUUGACAUUGGUGUCAAGCUGCUCUCAGAAAAACAACAAACCUCCCGGGAACAGGAACUCCUCCUCCUCUACCAGAAAGUUGUGGACAAGGUUUUAAAGAGUGAGAACGGACACCUGGACUUGUUCCUCCGUUUCCUCCUGGGCCUCUCUCUGGAGACCAAUCAGAAUUAUUUACAAGGUCUGCUGGGAAAGACAGGGAGCGGCCCAGUGUUCCAACAGGGAAUAGUCUCAUACAUAAAGGAGAAGAUAAAUGAAGAUCUCUCUCCAGAGAGAAGCAUCAAUCUGUUCCAUUGUCUGAAUGAGCUGAACGACCGUUCUCUAGUGGAGGAGAUCCAACAGUCCCUGACAUCAGGAAGUCUCUCCGGAGAAGAUCUCUCCCCUGCUCAAUGGUCAGCUCUUGUCUUCAUCUUACUGACAUCAGAAGAGGAGCUGGAAAAGUUUGACCUGAAGAAAUACUCAGCUUCAGAGGAGGGUCUUCUGAGGCUGCUGCCGGUGGUCAAAGUCUCCAAAACAUCUCUGUUGAAUGGCUGUAAUCUGUCAGAGGAAUGCUGUGAAUCUCUGGCCUCAGUUCUCAGCUCCAACUCCUCUAGUCUGAGAGAGCUUGAUCUGAGUACCAAUUAUCUGAAGGAUUCAGGAGUGAAGCUGCUCUCUGCUGGACUGGGGAGUCCACACUGUACACUGGAAAUUCUCAGGUCAGUUUUACUCAAGGUACAAUUACAAAUAAAUGCUGAAAAUCUAAAUUAUAUAACUCAGCUUAUAUCUCAGUACCUGUGAUGACCACAUUCAUGACUUUGGUAUCAUAUAAAGGCUACACUUUGUUGUUUAGGUGGAUAUUGUAAUACAUCCAUUUGCCUAGUUGGACGCCUAAGACCUCCUGAAAGCCUUAACAGCAAUUAUUUCCAAAAAAGAUUUGAAACCAGCAAUUGUCACACAAAAUGUAUUUUAAAAGCUUACUAUGUCCAGUAUUCGUUGUUCAAAUUAAAAAUAUAUAAACAGGAAUGUGAACAGGUUACAGAAAAAUAUUGUUACAUUGUGUAACCAGGGUGAAGAGACAACUCAUAAAAUCUCUAUUUAUUGUGAAAUAAUAAAUAAGGAGAGCAAAUAAUUAAUAAUAGUUUAUUAAUAGUUAAAUAAAGUUCUAUUACGUAUAUGUGCAAAUGUACAAAUAUAUAGCUAUACAUAUAAAUCAUUUAUUGUUGAAAUGUAGGAUACAUUAAUAAUUACAUGUUCAUUAUUAUUAAUAGUUAACUCACUAUUUUAAAACAUGUUUCCCUUACUCAGUGAAUUCUGUUACUUGGACACUACUUGGGUUGAACCAAUAGGAUUGGUUGAUAAAGAGACUUCAGGGUCAUGUGGGGAAGGGUGAGAGGUCACGGGUGAGCGGGAAAGAGGAGAGAAAGGGACGAGACAAAGGAGGAGAGUACUUUAUUCUCUGUAGAAAUCCCCCAGCUAAAUGAUAUUUAAACAUUCACUUGUUACUCGUUUGACGGUUAAAUUAGUAUGUGAGUGAGUGCAUGUGGGGAUGGUUUUAUUUGUGUCUCUGUUCAUGUCGGGGAUCUUUUACACGUUUAGUGUGAAGCUAGCUUAGUUUGCUAACCCCCGGAGCAUCCUCUGAACGGGAUAUAAAUCAUCAGAGUUGAGCACCAGGUCCACAGCAGGGGGCCGGGUAGCACCAGGUCCACAGCAGGGGGCCGGUAGCACCAGGUCCACAGCAGGGGGUCAGGUAGCACGUGGUGACCGGAAAGCCGCGCGGUUCCCCUGAGGAGGAUCAUCCCAGGAUUCAAGUUUCUGCCUCCGUCGCCUCCUCCGUCUUUUCUCAUAAUGGAACCAGGAUUUUGUUUUGCUCGUGUUAAGAUUGAAGAGUGUAUCGUGAUGCGACACCGAGCCCUACAGGCCUGCAACGUUUAUGGCGGUAGAUCACUGACUAAAGUCACGAGCAAAAAUUACUUUGCGCUCCCGCACAAGUAACACAACUGUGCACACGAAUCAUUACUGUAAGCACUGUUACUGCACUCGCACUCAGUAGUUCUCUGUCCAAGAGCAAAAAUAAAGCCUGUGAGGAAGAAACGAUUCAUUGAGUACACACAUAAAGUGAAGCAGCACACAACUUGGAAUAUAACUUCUAAUAAUAUACAAACAUCUCUGUAGAUCUACUACUAUCAUGUUUUACAAUACAUAAUAAGCAUAAUAAAUACAAUAAAAAGCAAUGUUUAUAUACAAAACGAUUUUCAAACACUAUAAAACAGCUAUUCAACAUGAUAAAAAUAAUGAAUAAGAUGUUACAUGAUAAAACUUUUCUAAUAAUUGAUUUCAACAAAAAUAUAUGCAAGUUAUUUUAAUCAAAGUUCCUAACAUUUUCUGUGUGAAGGUUGAAUGGCUGUGAUCUGUCAGAGACAUGCUGUGAAGCUCUGGCCUCAGUUCUCAGCUCCAACUCCUCUA